CCACAACUCAUUCGUGCCCGCAUCCUGUAUCAAGCUCCACCUGGAUGUUGUGGACCAGCGUGCUAGUAUCUCCAGCGAGUCGGAGGCCCUUGAUUUGAUGUAAGAGAAUGGCAGCGUCUCUCUAGCGCACCCCAGGGUCUAUAAAACCAGCCCGCAUUACACAAACUGGUUGCGUUACACCACGCCUGACAUCACACUGAGUUCCCUCAGUUGGCUGCUUUCUUUCACUUAUCACUCCACGGGGCACGAAUAAAUCUCCAAUAGAAAUGACGGCCAAGAUCGAUAAGAUGGGCGGGUCUCAUCCCGAAGAUGAGGGCCAGGACCCCACAGUGGUUGCCUCAAGCUCUGCCGUUGAUGGCCACGACGACAUGUUGUCUCUUGGUGGGGUUGACCAAGCUCUGGCUACCAAGAUGCACCUCGUGAAUGAUGCGAUCGAUGAAAUCGGGUUCACCCCUUACCAUACGAAGUUAUUUUUCCUUAACGGAUUCGGCUACGGAGUUGAUUCACUAUUGCUUUUCCUGAUGAGUAUAUCAGCCGAUCAGGUGGUGGCUCAGUACCCUCCGAAAUUUACAAGGGGUGCCCAACUGGGUUUCUAUCUUGCAUUGUUGGUGGGUGCUUUGUUCUGGGGUAGCACAGCUGACAUUAUAGGCCGGAAAUGGGCCUUCAACUUUUCUCUGUUCACCAGUGCCAUAUUUGCCAUUACGGCCGGGGCCGCGCCAAAUUACCCGGCUUGGGCUACAUUAGUCGCACUUUCAGCUUUCGGCUCGGGAGGAAACUUGGUGCUUGACACCACCGUUUUCUUGGAAUAUCUUCCCUCAAACAAGCAAUGGCUUUUGACACUUCUAGCCGGUUGGUGGGGAGUUGGGCAGACUGUAGCCGGUCUUGUCGCCUGGCCAUUUAUGUCAAACUAUAGCUGCCCCACAGAUGGUUCUGUUCCGUGCACCAAUGCCAAUAAUAUGGGCUGGAGAUACCUAUUCUACACCUGCGGAGCUCUAGUAUUCGUCCUGAGUGUUGCUCGAGUACUCGUCAUUCGCUUCCACGAGACACCUAAGUUCCUUCUCUGUCAAGGCAUGGAUGAAGAGGUCAUUCAAACGCUCCAGAAUCUAGCUCGGAAGCAUAAUCGGCUUUGCCAUCUCACCUUGGAGCAACUGCAAGCCUGCGGCCAGAUCCAUAGUGCUCAUGCCGAAAAUAAAGCCUCGCUGUCUGAGUUGGUCGUUCACGUACGGGGACUGUUCUCGACCCGAAUUAUGACCCUUUCGACGUCACUUGUCUGGUUUUCAUGGGCGUUGAUUGGGCUAGGAUAUGCUUUGUAUUACGUUUAUCUUCCUGAGUACUUGGCCUCUCGAAACGCCUCAGCAGGCGAGACCUCUCCAUAUCUCACCUGGCGGAACUAUGCAAUUACCAAUCUCUGCGCCAUUCCAGGUCCUAUUAUCGCAGGAUUCAUGUCCGAGCUUCCCAUUCUGGGAAGAAGAGGAACAAUGGCCAUCGGCGCAUUCAUCACAAUGGCCUUCUUCUUCGGCUAUACUGCCGUCCGCACCAGUGCACAAAACCUGGGAUUUGCUUGUGCGAUCUCGAUUACAAUCAACAUGUACUAUGCUACGCUUUAUGCUUACACUGUCGAGAUCCUCCCAUCCGCGCAUCGAGGCACUGGCAAUGGCAUCGCGGUCGCACUUAAUCGACUGAUGGGUAUGGUGUCGGCAUUGAUAGGUGCCUUUACCUCUACAGCUAGCUCUAUUCCAAUCUAUGUUUGUGCUGCUCUUCUGGGAAUGGCUGGCGUUCUUGCUGUGUUGUUCCCACUCGAGUCUCGCGGGAGGCACAGCAUUUGAGGACAUUGGAAGUCGCAGCAUGAAGCUUGUCACCGGAUGAUCAAGCAUACUUUGUCCAAUAGGAGAACAAGCGACAAGGAUUGUACCAGCCAAAGUUUACUCGACAACUGGGUCAAAUUCCCUCGCAUCAAGAUGAGCAUCCUUUCCUGGCUCUCUAUUACACUGGCUAGAUUAUAGACCCAGCCUUUAUCUCAAUAUAACAAUAAACGAUACUUCUCGCUGGGUCCUCAAAACCGGUCAACAUCGUUACAAGUUUCCAAUCUCCCAAACCCCCAAAUAAGGAUGAUCUUGGUCUUGAAACUGAUAGAACGGAUCACGGGUGAUGUCCAUGAAGGAACCGUCAUUCUGGAGCCCCGGUACCGACCACCCCGUAGGAUCCCGAGGCAACGGACCGUGGACUGUGCCAUUGCUCAUUGGAAGUGAGCUACCUUCACUCCACAGUUCUGAGCCGUCAGAAGGCCGCCGAUCUUGUACGGUACUCGAAUAUGGUGGCAAGGCUUGGCCACCAUCAGAGGUAUCCACUGUUCUUGUAGAGUGAUGGAAAAUCUCCGUUUCAACCGUUACGUUCUCGACAUUUUUCUCUCCCUGUGUUUCAAAAAAUGAGGGUUCAAAGAGACCUCGUCCAGUGGCAUUAUAUGGAGCCUGUGGAGAGCUUUGAAGGAGAAUGUCCCACAUCAAUGCUGUGUCGAUUGAUAUUGUUCUGCGUGGCGUCCGGCUGUUACUAGAGCUUGGACUCACAGCAAAUGCUGAUUGAAUGAGAGCCUGGACUUUCUGGUACUGUUGUAUCGUUAGCCAGGUAUCGCAUAGCAUAAUUCGGACUGUACUGACAAUAACCUCGCAUGUGGGCCAUUUUGCAGCCAAAUCGCUG